ACGUGAACAACUAAAACAGAGGUUAGAGGACCCCGCGAAAUAGCAGUGGAUUCAAAUUUUCAAAACAAACCGAAGAUUGUUGUUCUGUCAUGCAGGAGUGUAAUUAUAGCUAGCUGGCUGUUACUGAUCUGACACAACGUAAUUCCUCUUUUGAAAACAGUGACAACAUGGACGAAGAAGAAAAGCACAAAUGCAGCUCAAAUGAUAAAUCUGUAGAUGUUCCUAAACCGCCUUCAAUAGAGGAUUUCAUCAUUUUGAAGCCCAUCAGCCGCGGAGCAUUUGGUAAAGUCUACCUUGCGCGGAAGAAGUGUAAUGCCCGGUUAUAUGCCAUUAAGGUAAUGAAGAAAGCAGAGAUGGUUGAUAAAAACAUGACGGGACAAAUGAAGGCAGAGAGGGAUGCACUGGCUUUGAGCAAAAGCCCCUUCGUGGUUCACCUGUUUUACUCCCUUCAGACAGCCUCUAAGAUCUUUCUGGUGAUGGAAUACCUCAACGGCGGAGAUGUGAAAUCUCUUCUCCACAUUUAUGGGUAUUUUGACCAGGAUAUGGCUGUCAAAUUUAUCUCAGAGGUUGCACUGGCUUUAGACUACCUACACCGUCAUGGUAUAAUCCACAGGGACUUGAAACCGGACAACAUGCUGAUAUCCAACGAGGGUCACAUUAAAUUAACAGACUUCGGCCUUUCCAAAGUCAAGCUUGAUAGAGAACUGAGUCUUAUGGAUAUCCUUACUACCCCGUCCUUGGCCAAACCUAAAAAAGAUUACUUCCGCACCCCGGGUCAAGUCCUCUCCUUAAUCACCUCUCUUGGAUUCAAUACACCUGCAGGAGAAGGUAAACGUCACUGCAGUGCAUCUGCUGUGUCCAGUCCCAUGUCCUGUGGCAAAAUUAAACAGAAGAAUAGCUCUCUUGGCUCUCCCUUGUUGACGAAAAAAGAUGAGCUGCACUCUCUGGCUCGCCGCCCUUGGAAAAUGGGACCAAACAACAGUGUGUUUAGUCCGCAUAACUUGGCUAAAAAUCUGACUCCCACACUGCUGAAGACCAGAAAGAGGUUUGAGACGAUGAGUGCAGGAAGCACCACUGACACUGAAGGUGGCGUCAGUCCACUGUGGGAGUGUGAUGAGAAAGAAAAUGAACAUACUAAUGAACAGAAGGGGAGAGCACACUCUGAGUCCAAAGUGCCUGAACAGGACCGUGUCCCAACAACACCGGGCCCCUUUGGGUCCUCUAAGGCCAGCAGCAAAAAGUCAACUCCAGACCAUCUUGCAGAGAAGAAGCCUCAAACCAACAAACCAGAGUCCACACCUCCGGAUGAUAGAGAUGAUCAAACUGCAGUUCCCUCAUCUGUGAAAAGAACAUUUUCAGAUCUAGAAAGAAGUCCAGAGCCAUCGCACUUCCCAGCAAAGAAGAGCACUGCAGACUAUAAAAGAUGCUAUGAGAUACCAGAGAAGACUACAAGGUUUCACACGGGCCUGACUGGAGCAUUUUCCAACAUCCAAAUGGGUGACUUCAUGGCCUCCACUGAGGGAAUCGGGUUAGAUCAAGACCGGGGCCCAAAGCGCUCCAGUCCCAUCGCUGUGGCCAAGAGUCUCUUCUGUGAACUGGAAGAGCCGACAGAGGACACGUUUGAAGACGGAGCCAAAGAUUUGUCACAUUCAAGCUUCACGUCACCGCUUGCUGGGAACAGCGACAUUUGCAGGAGCUUGAGCCUCGACUCCGAUGAGUCUGCGCACGAAACGUCUCUCACUAUCGACAGCCACGCGUCUCUGAAGCCAAGCAAGUGUUCCAGAAACAGACAUUUAGAUUCAUUUGAGGAGCAAGAGGAGAACAAAGACUCAUUCAUGACCGAAUCACUACCACGAACUCCCUCUGUCGUCGCUGCUGAAACACCCAAACUUGGUCAUUUUGGCUUGAGAGGUGAAUCUAAGUCUUCCUUUCUCAACCAGCACUCUGAUCUGGCCUUCGGCGUGGCACAAUCCCCCUCGUUCCUCAAACCAAGAAACGUUGUCGCUUUCCGCAGCUACUGUAGCUCCAUCAACCGAUCCAACAUGUCGGGGGUGUCGCGAUGUAGCAUCGGGUCUAUGGAGGCUAUGGAUGUGUCCGCAGUAGGCUCUUAUCUCUCUGGGUCGGGUAUUGCAACACCAGUGCAGAAAAGAUCCAACUCCAACAGCUCUCUCUAUCAGACUCCUCAGCCCAUGUCGACCUCUCAUACCCCUUUCAGGACACCGAAGAGUGUCCGAAGAGGCGCGUUGCCUGUUGAGGGUGCACCCAUUCUAGGAACCCCGGACUAUUUGGCUCCAGAGCUUCUUUUGGGAAAACCACAUGACUGCAUGGUGGAUUGGUGGGCGCUAGGUGUGUGUCUUUUCGAGUUCCUCACAGGUGUUCCGCCUUUCAAUGACGAGACGCCUCAACUGGUCUUCCAGAAUAUUCUCAACAGAGAUAUCCCCUGGCCUGAGGGAGACGAGGAACUGUCUGACAAUUCGAGGAAUGCCAUUGAAAUCCUGCUGACGAUGGACAUGACAAAACGGGCUGGUCUAAAGGAACUGAAGAGCCACCCCCUGUUUGAAGGCUUGGACUGGGACAACCUGCAGAACCAGCCGAUGCCUUUCGUACCUCAGCCAGAGGACGAAACCGACACCUCGUACUUUGACGCAAGAAACAACGCUCAGCACAUUGCCGUGUCCGGCUUCAGUCUGUAGAGCUUUAGUGCAAAUAUGAGAGGUGUGUGUAUAUAUUAUACAGAAGGUCUGUCACACUUUGAAGAAGUUUAUUAAAGGAACACUCAGGACAUUUUGGUCUGUUGAAGUGAGAAAGUUGUUCAUGAAUCACUGGCUUUCGUCGUUAAAAACUGUAAAAAUCAGACCCGUUUCUGCACUGUAGUAAAGUUUUUAUUCAUUUAGGGUCGUAUUAUUGAAGAAAUCAUUUUACAUAUGUGCAAUCACCGGUCAUAAAAGCCUUAAAAUAGCUGAAUGCUCAGUUUGUAGAGUAUAAAAUGUAGAAAGUCUCUAAAUGUAUUUUAUGCCUUAGUAAGUAUUAACAUAUGCAGCAGUUAAAGGUCUUAUAUUUGGUUCUUUUAUUAGCAAAAUACUACUUUGCUACUGGUUUUUCUUACAAGACUUUGAUGUGUUGUUGUGGUUAAAUUGAUUAAUUAUGUAUGAAAGUUCAUUUAAAUGUGGCACUUCCUGCCUGAUGUUAACUGUCCGUGCCAAUACGCUCCAUCAUUGCGAUGUUCCCCUGCUGUUAGUAGACUGGGUGGGCGGGCCCCCUGAAUUUCUCUCCGAGGGGGACGAUACUGUUAAAGAAAACAUGAUAAUAUAUUCACGAAUAAUGUAUUUUAUAUGUAAAUCUUGUUAAUAACAUUUAGUUGUCUUUUUAAGACAGGAGCAGGUACUUUUGUAAUUGUUUUCCUGCUUUUAUGUCAUUAUUUGUUUGUCAUUUUGAUGUGAUAUCCUGAUUGUUUUCUACACUACUUGGUUUUUAGAUAAGUUCACUAGAGCUCCUCACUUCUUGUGAAAUUUUAUCUCGUUCACUCUAAGAAAAAAUACAAAUAAAAUGUUUGUAACAUGA